AUAUAUGCAAUAUGCAUGUUUUACAUUUGCCGAGUUAACAUAGGUUGAUGAAUAUCUAUAAGACUGCUUAGAGAGCAUAUACCGGUACAUAACCAACGUGUGGACCUACUGCUUAUAUUACUAUCUGAAGGACUUCUUAAUUGAGGAGUAUACCUUUUAUGAAAGGUCAGUGUCGCAUCGAGUUGGUUUCAAACCAGGAUAUUCUUUUUAAAACGCCCGAUUGCUCCACCACUAAGCCAUUUACGCCUCCAGCUCUAAACAAAAAGUUUCUUCUAGGCCAAUUUGACUGGAUCUGUAAACUCAAUUGAGAGGUAGAAAGUUCCAUAUAGUAACGACUAUAUGCUGAUACAUGCCCGGCUGCUUGGGUUCAGAAAAUAGCAGGCCUAUAAUUAUCUCCAGCAAGUAUAGUGAAGUAUGCAUACAAGGAAGAGAAGAAGGAACGUCAUAGCGAUCCUUAAUCAGGACCCUUUGAAAACCUUCCUUUUGAAAUGUUCAACCAUCGUGAUAGCAUUCACUUUGUUGCCUCACUGUAAAGCCAAAUGCUCAGUCCCGACUGCAAGCUUCGCGGCUUCGAGGGACUCCCAAUCCCUGUACUCCCCGAAUCAUCCCGACUCGUACCCGGACGCUACAACCUGCUCCUGGCUUAUCACCAGCAGUCCACUAGAUACAGGAUUAAGGAUACAACUCAGAGUGGUGUACGAUAAUUUCUCCUGUUGCUGCGACAAUGACUAUUUAGUGAUAAAAGAUGGAUCGGACUUCUCUGCCAGAUCCAUUGCCAUUCUGUGCUCUGAUCUGAAUCCAAUCUCAAUAACAAGCAGCGGACCCAACAUCUACGGAGAGUUUCGAAGUGACGAUGACGGACAGACAGGAUUGGGAUAUACAUUGGAAUUUAACUAUUUUGAUUCGAAAGUGUCGUGCCCUCCGUAUUGGAUUGGGAGGAAUGGAUACUGCUAUAAAUUAUACGAUGAUGCGUCACCAUGGCAACAAGCAGCAUCAAGAUGUGGGUACGAUGGCGGGUUCCUCACAUCGAUAGUCGAUGAAGAAGAAAAUGACUUCCUUGUGGGUUCUUUUAGGAACCAGACAUCAUUGGUAUGGAUAGGAAUGGAUUUAGCGGGAAAUUGGCUAGAUGGUUCAAGUUCUCUGCUCUACAACAACUUUGGAAAUGAGCCUGCAAGCACUGUAGAAUGUUCCGCCAUUGACCUGGAUGAUAAUGGACGAUGGCGACGUGCAAAUUGCGUAGACCAACAAUUCUGGUUUAUCUGCAAGAAGACUCAGGAUGGAUCAGGUGAAAGAUACUGGACCGAAGUCGUCAUUAGUGACGACGAAUCGUCGGCGAAUGGCUUCUCCGCAGCCUCAGCCGUCGCUAUCAUUAUCGCAUGCUUCUUCCUUUUUUCAUGCCUCCGCUCCAGGUCCAACAACAACAACAACAACGAUAACUGCUUUGCGCAACUGGUGACCUGCAUAUGCAAAGGGAUAACGGAAUGCGUGGCUGUUGUUUGGCGAGCGAUCGAGUUCUGUUUAUCGUGCCGGUGGCUGGGGUGUGCCGGCCCAAGCGAAGAGACAAGGACCGGCGGGACACCAUCGGGACAAAAUCCCGAAAUCAAUCAACAACAUGUUUCUUUAGAAGAAGUGCGGACAUCCAGAAGGAAUUCGACGUCACAGUGGAGCAGUGAUCCCUCUCAGUCGCCGCCGGCGUACGGCGAAGUUAUUUCAGAGCCUCCGCCUCCGUCAUACAACGAAGCUUUGGCUCCGCAGUUUGACGGCGGACCGACGACGGAUAACGGAGGGUCAAGCCUCUCGCUGAAUAUCGGGGAUGCAAUAGCAGCACCGUCAUACGAAUCUGUAAUUGGUUCUGAGGGCAAUAUAUGACUAGAUCAACCUAUUUAACACCCGGAUUAAUGUAUCUAUAGACCUAUUUAUCAUAUUUCUCUUGGAAACCAAUCAGUGUAUAAAACAAAAGCAUCUCAAAGAAUUUUUAAUCGCUCGCGGCUCGGUCUAAAGUGAUUUCAUGAUAUGAUUUUAAAGGUUUAUGCAACAAAA